UUUCAUGCGGUCGCUACCUACACUAUUUGAACUUAAACCAACCGAAGCGUUUAUCAUUUCCCGUGGCCAAGUCGAACCAUUCAAAAUGCAGGAAGAAACCAAACAACCCUCGAUCGAAGUGUUCGACGAAACUCCAGAGUGGCUAAACGUAGAAUAUUUUGAACGAGUGCUUCAAAAGGUUAGAGACGAUACAAGCUUAAGUGUCCAAUCGGUUGAAGUAAAAUCUGCCUUCCCAAAAGGUGUCAACUAUGCUAGUAUUAUCUACCGAGUGCGGGUUAUUUUCCAUACAAAAGAUAAACUCACGUACAGUCGAAGUUACAUAGUGAAGGGCAUGCCGGAAGAAGGGAUGGCGAAACAGAAGCUUAGUGAAUACAAUGUUCAUGGAAAGGAAAUGGACAUCUAUCAACUAGUGAUACCCGAAUUAAAGCAAUUGAUGAAAUCGAUUGGGGAUCGCACCGACCUGUACCCAACUACGCUGACCAUUGACAGGGUUAAAAACGUGAUCGUUUUCAAAGACCUCUCUUCCAAAGGAUACAUAAUGGCAGAUCGGUUUGUAGGACUAGAUAUGCUUCACACUAAGAUGUCAUUAAAAUUGAUGGCUAAAUUACAUGCUAGCUCGUUGAAAUUGGCAGAAAUGAGUCCAAACAUUUUCAAAGAGUACAAAACUGGCAUGGUGACACGUGAAACCGAUGCGUUCUAUCCGUUAUUCUACUCGAAUUUUGACGCGUUAACCGAGGAGAUCAGCACGUGGGACCAAGAAUGGCACUACUAUGCAAACAAACUCCGGAAACUGCGGCCCUUUUUCAUCGAACAAGGCCUUUCCGUUUUCGAUCACCAACGCGAGGACGAUUUGCGGGUACUCGUACAUAGCGAUUUAUGGGUCAAUAACCUUUUGUUCAAGUACGAUACAAACGGAAAACCAGUUGACGUUAUUCUUCUGGAUUUCCAAUUCUGUUGUUACAGUACACCAGUCGUCGAUUUAUGUUACUUCUUCUUCACCUCUACCCAAGACGCUAUCCGACAGAACUGUUUCGAUGAGCUCAUGCAGUAUUAUUAUUAUCAUUUAGCGAGCUACGUUAAAAAAUUAAAUUGUUCGAAGAAAUUUCCCACCCUGCACGAAUUUCAGCGGCAUGUAUUGAAAAAACUUUUCUACGCCAUCUACUCCAGCUUCAUCGCCUUGCCUGUGCAGAUUAACGAGGAUGUAGCCGAUGCAGAUUUCGAAGCUUUGUUAGGAAACGAUGAACGAGCGCAGCGGUAUCGGAGAACAAUUAUGAGUAAUAAAAAGUACCACAAAAUCAUCAAAGGUCUAUUACCUACGUUCGACCGAAAGGGUUUGCUUGACAAGCUCGAUUGAUGGCGGCUGCGCCUGGCUGUACUCGGCGGAGGCGUACUGCUAGUGGCGCUAUGCAUUUAGAUUUAAUUUAGAAAAUUCUUUAUAAUUAAGAUUAAUCGAAUGGAAAAUUUAAUUUGAACAAACCAAACGCUGCUCCGUUACUAAAAUUUUGCGAUCGUAAAAUUCUAUUGUUAAAAAUCUUGAAUUGCUUAGUAAGUUA